AUGGAGUGCACCACAUUCGAAACAAUGUGCGAAGACUGCCAAUACGACUACAUGAUGCUUGAAGACCAGGGAGAAGCUGGAGAUAUCCUUGAAUAUGAACCAGCAACAUAUCCAAUAGUUUUCAAAUCCGUGUGGGCAUCCGGCAAUAAUAUCACCUUCGCCCUCGAGGAAGAUUACGCCCGGAGGCUCUUGACCAACGUGCAGUAUCGACUACACGAGCGUUUCAGGAAGCCAGUUUCUGUGGCUUGCAAUUACGAGAUGUUCCGGCAGCCGAAGGGUCUGUUUGUCUGUGCUAGUUUACUGAUUGAUUUCCCGUGUGAAGCCUUGCCCGUGGACAUCAAGUCGUUUCUGCGAGGGGUGUUGGGCUCGAAACAAGGAUCCACUGAUUGGACCACGAAAGUUGAAAUUGAUGAUGACUUGAAGGAAUAUAUCCUUGAGGGUGAGGGUGCUGGUAUUGAAAAUUGGGAUGCUUAUAUUACUUCGAAUCAGGACGACUUGUGUUCUGCUCGUUUGCGCUGGUUUACUGACAGGGCAAAAGGUGUCUGUAAAUGGCGUAUUUUGUUUACAACCUAG